GAGUAAGGGAAGACGUGUAAGAGUUGUGGAACAGGGAGAGUAAGGGAAGACGUAUAAGAGUUGUGGAACAGGGAGAGUAAGGGAAGACGUAUAAGAGUUGUGGAACAGGGAGAGUAAGGGAAGACGUAUAAGAGUUGUGGAACAGGGAGAGUAAGGGAAGACGUAUAAGAGUUGUGGAACAGGGAGAGUAAGGGAAGACGUAUAAGAGUUGUGGAACAGGGAGAGUAAGGGAAGACGUAUAAGAGUUGUGGAACAGGGAGAGUAAGGGAAGACGUAUAAGAGUUGUGGAACAGGGAGAGUAAGGGAAGACGUAUAAGAGUUGUGGAACAGGGAGAGUAAGGGAAGACGUAUAAGAGUUGUGGAACAGGGAGAGUAAGGGAAGACGUGUAAGAGUUGUGGAACAGGGAGAGUAAGGGAAGACGUAUAAGAGUUGUGGAACAGGGAGAGUAAGGGAAGACGUAUAAGAGUUGUGGAACAGGGAGAGUAAGGGAAGACGUAUAAGAGUUGUGGAACAGGGAGAGUAAGGGAAGACGUAUAAGAUCCAGGAAAAGGUGGGGUCGGGGAGGUCCUCAGGCUGAGAGAGGAGGGAGGAAAGUGUAGUCACAAGGCUGAGACUGGGACACAUAAGGCUCAAUAGUACAUUGAAAGUGGUGGGGAAACAUCCGACUGGGACGUGUGAUCAUUGUCAGGAGGAGAUGGAGACAGUGGAACAUGUUAUUUUUCAGUGCCAGAAAUAUGUGAGAGAAAUGGAGCGAUUUGUUAUUCGAUUUGAGGAGUAAUGGGGUUGAAGAGCCAGGAUUAAGUCAACUUUCGGGGAAAUCUUCAGGAGAUGUAGUAUUUAAUUAUGUAUAUCGUUUCCUUAGAGAGACGAGAUUAUUGGGUAGGAUUUAGACCUUCCCCUCUGGUCCACACUCCAGUGCAGUUGGUGGCGGUAAUACACCUAAAAUCCACAGAAGAAGAAGAAGAACACAUUUCACUUUCACUUUCACUUCUGUGUUCAUGAAUACACCAACGAGGACAUGUUAUUGCAAAUAUGAUAACCACAAUUUUAAUUUCAUUCAUGCAGUUUUCCAUCGUAGCCCCUCAUUCUCUUCAUCGUCAUUGCAUCGCAACCCAAGGGACCUUGUAUCCGAAAAAUAUCCAGUUGGUAAUGAUAGAUGAUGUCAUUGUCUAUUACUACAACAGCAGUGCUGAACAAGAGGCCGUAGUGCCGGAAUGGUUGAACCACCCUGAGGGAAUUGAAUUUUGGCAGGAGGUUCAUCGAAAUCUGAAAUUUAAUCGAUAUGUAAUGGAUACUGCUGUGAGAGUAACAAGUGAACAUUACAAUCAUUCACAUGAUCACUUUUACCAAGCUCAUGGACGCUGUGGAUGGAAGUCAGACGGAACCACAGAGGCCUUUAUGAGCCAUGCAUAUGACGGCAAAGACUUUGUCAGCUUCGAUGUAUCGACCAGAACAUGGACAGCUGCAGUUUCCCAUGCUGUUUUUUACAAAAGAAAAAGGGAAACAGAUUUAGAAGAUCUUGUUAGGCUGGUCAUUCAUUACGAAUCUGGAUGCAUCCGUUGGCUGGAGAAACUGUUAGAGUUUAGCGUUACAGUUCGAGAACCCAAAGUCCCUGCGGUGAGUCUGUUUGAGAGACCGCCUCAUGGCAACUCCGAGGUGGAGGUCACAUGUCAUGUGACAGGGUUCUACCCUCGGGCGGUGCAGGUGGAGUGGCUGGGGGCAGAGGGGCUUCCCAUGGUAGACGGGGUGAACAGUGGCGAGGUGCUGCCCAACGGAGACGGUUCAUACCAGCUAAGGAAGAGCCUGACUGUCCCACAGGAAGCCCAGGACACCCAGAGCUACAGCUGCCUGGUGCUCCACAGCAGUAUAGCUGGGAACAUCACAGUAACCUGGGCUCCAAAGAAGAACCUGGCCAAUGUGCUCAUGGCUAUAGUCAUCAUUGUAUCUGUAGUCUUGAUACUCACUGUCCUAUUCAAGUAUUUAGUAUGGAGGAGAGCAGUAGCACAAAACCCAAGAGGAUGAGUAAGAGGAUGACCAACGAUGAAUGAGAAAAGUCUGUAUGCAUUUGAUGCUCUAUACAACCCUAAAGUAAUUUACAUAAUGUUAGACUUGCUGCUUUUGUUGUUGAUGCUCUCUAUACAACCCUAAAGAUAUGUAUACAUGUUAAAAUUGCUGCUUUUGUUGUGGUUGAUGUUACAUUUUCUUUUUUUCUUUUCCUGUUCUUAUUUUACGAGCUGCAAGAUGUAAUCUAAACAACAAAUAAACAUUUUAGUAUGUCAUUGAAGGAGUGGCUAACAUCAGGAAGUAACUCCAUGGAGAA